CAAUUUCCUAAAAAGAUACAGUUCCCGCUCGGUACGAGGUUUGAAAAGAAAAACAGAAGAUAUUACGAUAGUAAUAAAAAAACAACUAAACUGAAUUGCACAAAUCCGACCAGAGAGAUUCAUCUCCAACAAACAUCUCUUCUGCUUUUAAUAUCCGUACGAUGCUGCUCCUUUUCUUCUUGAUUUUUGUACCAUAAUAAACCUAUUAUGGUUUCUCCUCGAAAAUCCGACCCACUCGCUAAUUCUUCGUCUUCCUCGUCAUCUCCGACUCUACAAGAUUCGCCUUACGGUUACCUGGAGAAUCUGUCUCCAUUGAAACCGGUUAGUAAGUCGGUGGAGAAGUACAUACAAAGGUAUUCACAGUCCCGACAUGUCCCUGCUCCUUCGGUUGUUUUUGCUUCGCCUCGUAUCGGUCGUCACCGGCAACUUGAUUUUGUCAAAAGAGAGGCGACGGAUGCAAGUGUACAAGGUGGUACUUAUGUCUAUUUGAAUGAAGAUCAUCAGUCCAGCAGUAUCACUGCUGAUGAGUACUUUGCUGAUUGUGUAGAUAUUGAGGGCGAUACGAGCGGGUCGGAUCCUUCUGUGCAUCAAUUUCAUGAUGUCAAAUCUGUGUCCGAGGCUGAAGUAGCAGAUGGUCAAGCUGUGAAUAUCAGUGAUAGUUCAGUUCCUCAACCUCUGCAGACUGUUGAUGCAUACAAAGAUUCUGCCGAAAUCUUAAUGCUGACUCGAAAGAUUAAGGAGGCUGAUCAGGAUCAACGUGGGAUACGUAGACAUCUUCAAUUCGGAGGCACAAUGGGCUACAAGGAUACUAAUGCUUAUGCCAAUUCAAGCUUACCGGAUUGCCUACCAAACCAGGAGAAUCUAGUUCCACAUUAUGUUGAUCCUUAUGACACUUCCAGCAGUUGGCAGACAGGUGCUUUUCCCCAGAAUGCUACUAUUUGGUCACCCUACUGCCCUUAUCAGUCAGCCUCAACUUACGGGUUCGGUUUCCCUUUAAGUGGUGGCAUCAACACAUCUCUGUACUUAAAUUUGUUAGGCAAGAAACUGGCAGGUAAUCUGCAAGAACAAGAGGAGAAGCUGUUGUCUGAUAUAAUCAAUAGUUUACCAAAGGACUUGUCGGAUAAUAUCUUAAACUCUUCUGUUACCGGAGAAAUUUACGCGCGAGUCAAAGAUUAUAUGCAAAAGAGUCAAGCUGCUACCUAUUAUAUUAACCCUACGCAACCUCUAUGUGACUUUAGUUGUGUGACACCAUAUGAGCAGCAGCAGGUAGUGGCAUAUGAAGGGACUUCAUUCACUCCAUCAAGCACUGACAUGGUUGGAGAGUUAAACCAUAUGAGCCCCAAGAAAAACAGGAAAAGGGGAAACACUGAUGACACCGAGUGCAAACUUUGCAACUGUAAGAAAUCAAGAUGCUUGAAACUUUACUGUGAGUGCUUUGCAGCUGGGGUUUAUUGCGAGGUUAGAUGUGGAUGCGAAAACUGCCUUAACAGGCCCGAAUAUGAGGACACAGUCCUUGAUGCACGACAACAAAUUGAAACCCGUAAUCCACUCGCUUUUGCACCAAAGGUUGUUAAGCAAGCCGCCAAUUCUCCAGCAGAUGUGGUGGAAGAGAAAAACGGGACAACACCUUCUUCGGCCAGACACAAAAGAGGAUGCAAUUGCAAAAAGUCAAAAUGUCUUAAAAAAUACUGUGAAUGUUUCCAGGCUGAAGUUGGAUGCUCUAAUGGAUGCCGUUGCGAAGGUUGUAACAACACUCAUGGUAAAAAAGCAGAAUCAAUAUUCAGAAAAGUCGAAAAUUGGGAGAAUGCAGCUCAUGAGCAGAUGGUGACUGAUUUUAUCAAAGGUGGAAGAGCCCAUCACUUAACUCCGACAUGGGAAGCACAAGCACUUGCUGAUCUAACUUCAGUAUCACAUCGGCACGCAGAACCAAAUUCUAAUACAGCUUCUCUUACUACAAACUCGCAAACUCAAGCGCAUCAACAGUACAGCCAUAUGCUACAGUCACCUGCCAGUCUUACACCAAAAGUAGUAUAUGGAAGUAAGGUGACACCUGCAUUUCGUCCUGAGAGCCACUUAUACGACACGUUCAAGGAUUAUGAUACACUUCCUACAUUCAACAACUUCUCUACCCCAACAAAGAUUGCGAAAGCCGGUUCACCAAAUCAGAAACGAGUGUCUCCUCCACAAAUUCGGUCUCAAAAAUCCAGAUCAAGCAGUUCAAAAGGGUUGAAAAGUGGCCGCAAAUUCAUUCUACCUGAGGUGCCAUCUUUUCCUCCUUUAACUCCAUAUAGCAAGGUGAAAGAUGGAGGCCAGCAAGUUGAUGGCGACUGAAUAGACAGUAGAAGCUAUAGAUAACACGUAGCGGAUAUUUCAAGAAACUGGUGGCAAGCUCAGCCAACAAUUUUUGUUAUUCUUUUUCAUGUUCUCUGUUUUUUUUUUCCAGUAUUCAUGCAAGAGAACAUGCAGUUCUGCAAUAAAAUGUGAACUAUAAGCUCACCUGUUUCUUUUGAUCACUUUCUCUAUUGAUGUGGAUAUUUCAUUGUUUUUCUUUUUA